AUGUCUAGGGAAGAUAUGAAUACGUCAAAUCAUAUUUGUUUAGUGUUAUUUGCAGAAACUAUAAAAUGGUAUAAUGUACUCCCACAUAGUGACUUUUUUACGCAAUUCGGCAAGACUGUCUGUGUGGAAAACUCUAAGCUUAAUGUAAUUUGUAAGGAAAUAUAUUUCUUCUUGGGUGGUAGAGAUGAAGAACAAUUUGACUUGUCGAUGUUGCCAGUUAUAUUGUCCAACGUUCCGGCAGGAGCAUCAUACAAACAAUUUAUGCACUUUACUCAAGAAAUCUACUCAGGCUAUUUUAGACAAUACGACCACGGUAUUAUUAAAAACAGAAUAAUAUACAAUCAAGAUAAACCUCCAAGCUAUAAUACUAGACUCAUAACUGCUCCCGUGGCUUUGUAUUAUGGCCUAGCGGAUAAUUUGGCAUCUUACAAGGAUGUGGAAAGACUGGCAAAAGAAUUACCAAAUUUGGUACGAAAGACUCUAUUACCAAAUAAUUUUACGCAUUUAGAUUUUCUCUGGGCCAAAGAUGUUACAACUCUGUUAAACAACGAUUUAAUAGAAUUAAUUAAUUCCCAAAAUGGACUAACGGAUGAUUCUGCAAUUAAUUUACCAAAUAGUUUGGUUUUAAUAGUUUUUAUUUGUAUAAACGUACUAUUUAACUUGUAAUAAUUGUCUUCUGUACAAAAUAUAGAAAAAAUUAAUUUUUUAAGUUUUUUUUUAAAUUUAAUACUUGUUAUUUUGACAAGACUUUAUAUUUAUAGGACUGUAUAAUGUAUUAGGUUUUACCUCAGUCAACCAAUGUUUUUAUGUUUAUAAAGACAAUAAAAUUUUAAUAUAAA